GGCCUCAUUGUCCCCCAGCCGGUGCAGCGCCGCUUAAAAAGGGCUCGGCUGGAGGGGAAGACACGCCGCCAUGUCGCCUCUGAGCGCUCUGGCUCUUAUGGCUCUGACCGGUGUCUGCAGCUGUCAGACCUCGGACUGCUCGUACCUGGACCUCCUGACGUACCUGAACCUGACCACCACCAACGGCGCCGCGGUCAACAUGCGGCCCGUGAAGAACUGGACGACGCCCACCUUGGUCCAGGUGGACAUGGUGCCGUUUGGCAUUUUACAGGUGGACGAGAAGACUCAAACGUUCACCAGUCACAUCUGGAUAAACAUGCAUUGGAACAACGAGUUCCUCACCUGGAAUGCGUCGGACUUCUGUGGGAUCGACACGCUGAUGGUUCCGAGGUCGAGUCUGUGGAUACCGGACGUCUUCAUCGUGGAGGACGUCUCUGAUUCUGGGACCAUACAGCACAGCCCUCUGGUGUCUCUGUCUCCUGAAGGUUCGCUGCUUGCAAUCACACGCCAGCGUCUGACCGCCACCUGCCUGCUGGUCGUCACCCUCUUCCCCUUCGACCAGCAGCGCUGCAACUUCACCUUCUCCUCCAUGAACAAAGCGAGCAUCAUGCUGGGCCCCAUCAACAAUGAAACGGCGCUCACCAGAACAUCGGAGGAGUUCAUGGUGACGCAGGGAGAGUGGGAACUCGACAAGAUGGAAAUAUUCGAAUACAGAAAUAAUAUAUCCAGAUAUCCAGACAGACUUAUCUACACCGUCACCAUCUCCAGGAGGCCGUUGCUUUACGUGGUCAUUUUCAUCCUCCCCUUGUUGUUCUUCGUCUGGCUGGAUGUUGCCUCCUUCUUCAUCAGCGAAGCCCGAGGGGAGAAGCUGAGCUUCAAGGUGACGGUGCUCCUCUCCAUCUCCGUCCUGCUGCUGAUCCUGAAGGACAUGAUGCCUUCAACCGAAAACCAUCUACCGAUGAUUGCCAUUUACUGCGUUGGGAUCUUCGCCCUGGUGGGUCUCAGCGUGCUGGAGGCCAUGCUGCUCAGCUUCCUGCACGACCUCGACGGAUAUUGUAAGGCUCGAAGUCCUGAUAACUCCGAGGAGAAAAUCCAGCUGGAAGAGGACUUUUACAAAGCCGAAGAGGCUCCAGAGAAUGGUCCCGUCCCUCCGGAUCGGCCCGAAGGCCACGACCUGCUGAAACUCAUCCUGAAGGAAGUGAAGACCACUCGACAGGAAGUGGGAGGGCCGAACAAAGACGAGAUGCGGCCCGGACGCUACAGAAGGCUGGCGGACAUCAUCGACCGAGUGUUCUUCUCCCUCUACCUUUUGACUGCUGUAGUUUUUCUCACGUACAUGUACACAGCCUGGAUUUCACAAAUUAUUUAAAGGUUGACGUGUGUUUGAUCUGCUCUUAAAUUUUGACUGAUGCUUUUUUUAAAUGACCAAAUGUAUAGGUUUCUAAUAGUUAAUCAAAUGUUUUUAAUUAACCGUCUUCUAAUCUUUCUUUAUUAAAGUGUAAGAAUCACAAUAAAAUUAAGUGUUUUUCUAUUUUCAAUUGUAUGUAUGACAUGAAAUGAAGACAUUGAGAGGGAAGGGACAUGUAACGGAACACAAAUGUACGCAUGAUUGAUUUAAUGAUUUAAGCAUUCAAGUGAAAAAUGUGUUACUUUAACUUUGUUGGUUCUACGUUGAAAAUGGUCCUUCAAUAAUAAACUUGAAUACAUAAAAAUA